AUGGCAAGCGAAAGCGGGCUGCCAUUUUCAAGCGACAUGCCAGCUGCGGCGUCCAAACCAAGAUCGAUACAGGACAUUGUGUCUGUGGUCGUUGACAGCGUGUGGCAAUACGUGCAUGUGGCGGCAGCUGCUUUCUUGUUCUAUGAAGACCGCCUACUUUGUCUCUACAGUUUGGUGGGUUUUGCAAGCCUAUGUUGCGGUGUGGUAGCAGCGUCGCGCACUGGUGGCGUCGUCCCCGUCAUGGGGGAAGAAUUGUGGAGGAUUGCCAUUCCGGCCUCUGCCAUAAUAUCAGUCACAACGUCAUUGGGAUGUCGGAUUGCAGGGUGGGUUUCAGCAAAGGCCACCUGUUGUUUGUGCGUGUUGGUUCCAGCUGCCAUUGUGGGUUUGACGACCGUCACGGUCCGGAACGACAAGACUGCGCGGCUGCGCCUCUGA